GUCGGUCUGACCUGUACGACUUGGGCCUUGUCUACGCAUAGGUUUCAGUCAGCGGAUUAUGGCUGUGUCGGCACGGGACAACCAUACAGAUCGAGUUAUCCUGGCCUUUCCGCCCUCUCAGUAUGCACAAACAAUGCCAACAAGACCGUCUCAGCCAGAUGCCCCUUGUUUGAUGCUUGAAGAGCGACUGUCUCUGAUAGGUUGCCUAUAUGAACAGUUCUCCAGCCAGACGACCCUGCAUUCUUCUUUCUCACCACCGUCAGCCGGUCUGCCACAAUUCCAAGCCAAGCUAUGGCUAUCGCUCCUUUACUCCUCGUCAAGGCAUCCCUGAUCUUCUACAUAUAUAUCUACGUCACAUCUCUUGCCUCUGGAAGGCACCGAUCUCCCAUUCCCAUGGUCCAGGCGCAGUUCGUCGCCAGACGCGUUCCAAGGAGACGCCUGCGACCUCGACACUCCUUGUCGAUUACUGUAUGACAUGUGUUCGCUUCCUAGUGAGUUGAUUCGUACUCUUAAUGACCACUUACGGCGUAUACCACAGGCCCACUCCAUAAC